AUAAACAAGGUGGACAUAACUAAACAGCUUAAAAUAAAAGAAAUAUUAAGAAAUUCAUAUUAAUGUCAAAUUAGUAUAAUUGCCGGCUAUAUUUAUUUGUACAAAAUUAAUGAUACCUCAAAAUGAAUCUUAAAGAUAACUCAUUAAAUUGCUCGGAACGAUCUGCCUUUUCUGAAUGCAUUUUAGAAGAAUCCACACUCAACAAUAAUGUAAAUUUUAGCAAGUUAGAUUUUAGUCAUAUAGCAACCGAAGAAUCCUCUCUGCAGAUUAGUAAAAAUAUGCCUGAAAUAGAGAAUUCCACACCUAAAUUAAGUAUAACUUUGGAACAGGAGGAAAGGGAUAUUUUACGGAAGAGAUGUGUUAAUGGAAAUACUUCUCAAAUGGAUGUAACAGAAAUAAUAAAUGGUUCUUUGCAAACUACCAACGGUACCAUGAAAGAAGCAACUUUAAAAAAUUCCAGAAAUACAACAACUAAAGAAAUAACCAUGGAAGUUGAUCAAUCCAAUGGAAAGGAGGAUGAUGAUAGUGUUAUACCUAUAGAUGAGGAUGAUGAUGUGGAAGAAAUUAGUACUUUAGAGUGUUCAGUGUUAGAGUCGCCAAAAAUUGCUAUGUUUUCACAUUUACAACCCAAUAAUACGGCAAUAGAAAAAGACUGUGUCGUUGAAGAAAUAACUAUAGACCCAGAAAUAGCUGAGUCUAUUUUGGAGCAAGAGAGUUCACAAUUUAUAAGAGAUGAAAGUAAACUGUUUCAAUGUCCCUUUAUAGAAGUGGGUCGGAGAUUGUGGCCGUCAACGCCAGAAAACCAACAGUAUACUAAAGGUUGUUUGUGGUCACCAGAUGGUACUUGUUUAUUGGUGCCGGUGCAUUUAGAUGGUAUGCAUAUUGUAGAAUUGCCUACAGAUUUGUACACCGUGCAGGAAUUAAAUGUCGAUAGAUGUUUAAGUGAUUUAACCUCAGCAGUUCAUGUUAAAGAGGGCGGUACCGUUUAUGAUUGUUGUUGGUAUCCCUACAUGAAUAGUUCUGAUCCAGUUACAUGUUCUUGGCUAGCUACUCGGCAACAUGAACCCAUACAUAUGUGGGAUGCUUUCACUGGAGAGUUAAGAUGUUCCUAUCGUGGCUACAAUGAAGUGGAUGAAGUCGAAUCAGCCAUUUCUAUUGUAUUUAGCAAUGAUGGUGAAAAAGUAAUAGGUGGCUUUAAGAAAACCAUUAAAAUAUUUGAUACUAUUAUACCAGGUCGUGCCUGCAGCAGUAUUCCCGUAAAAAAGGCAGUUUCCUGCUUUGCAUUAACCACAGAGAAUGAUAAUUGUGUCACCGCUGGUACCUGGUCAGGUUAUAUAAAUCACUAUGAUUUAAGAGCUCCCAAACUGGGACCUUUAUUUACAUUGGGUGGUCAUAGUGGUGGCAUAACAUGGUUAAAAUAUUCCCCUACCCAAGAUCAGAAUUGGUAUUUAUUUAGUGGUGCCCGUAGAGACGAUAAAAUCUUGCAGUGGGAUAUGCGUAACUAUACAGAACCAGUACAAAUUUUCGAAAGAAAAGUACAAACAAAUCAAAGGAUCUAUUUUGAUUUAACACCUUUACAUACAUGGAUAGCCACUGGUGAUACAGAGGGUUUGUUAAGAAUAUAUAAUUUGGGCGAUACAGAACAACAAUACGAGUUACCUUUACAUCAGGAUUGCUGCAAUGGUAUUAGCUUUCAUCCUUCGUUGCCAAUAAUUACCUCUACCUCAGGUCAAUAUCAUUUUGUAGAUGAAACAGCUUCGGAAGCUGAUGCUACACCGGAACAAAUUGUAAAUUAUGAAAAUUCCUUACUGUUUUUGUGGUACGGUUCUUCAGAAAAAAGUGAGCAUUAAAUUUCUGGUUCUUCAAAUGCAAAUGAGCAUUAAAUUAAUGAAUAAAAAGUUUUCAUAAUGAAAUGUAUAAGUACAACAUACAUA